UGAUAAAAGAUAUAAAAUUAAUACUCAAUGUCUCCUGCAGUUCAAAAGAGAUCUAAAAAUGCGAAGAAGCAACAAUUAAAACCUCAAGGUAAAAAGAUUGCCAAGAUUGUUGAACAAGCUGCUGGAAAGGCCAAGAAGGGUACCAAGAAGGCUGUUAAACAAUUAAGUGAGGAGGAGGAUUCACCCAUGGAAGACGUUUCCGAAAGUGACGAGGACGAUGUUUUUAAAAAGUUACAAAAGGUUAUGGAUAACGAUGAUUCUGAAGCUGACGAGGAAAAAGAAAAUGACAUUAGCGAAAAGGAAGAGGACGCAGAGAACAGUGACGAUGAACUUCCCUCUGAUUUUGAAAGAGAAAUGGCCAUGGAUUCUGACGAAGAAGAGGUGGAUGAGGAUGAUGAUGAUGAAGAGACACCCGAUAAACUCAACAAAGAUAUUGACCAACACAAGAAGGAACUGGAAGAGUUAAAGGAACGUGAUCCUGAAUUUUACGAGUUUUUACAAAAGGAAGAUGGUGAUCUUUUGGGCUUUGGCGAAUCUGAUGAUGGAGAGGAUAUGCCCGAUGCCUCAGAUGAUGAUGAUGGUCAGGAAUACAGCGAUAUGGAGGAGCCUGAGGAAACCAUUGUAGAUGAUGUUCCUGUCUUGACCAAGGCCAUGUUGAACGAAUGGACUGCCGCUGUUAAAUCUAAUAACGAUUUUAAGGCAUUCAAGAAGAUUUUGUCUGCUUUCAAAACUGCUGCCAGAAUGUCUGAAGAAGACGAUAAGAUUACAUUUUCCUACAAGAUUGAAGAUCCUACAGUCUUUUCCAAGGUGAUUACCACCACACUUCGUCUUGCACCUGUUGUGUUUGCCCAUCAUUUGAAACCCAAGAAGGAAAAUGGAUCUCCUGUUACCUCUGGUAAAUGGGCCUUCUUCAAAUCCUAUGUGAAAUCAUAUCUCAACAAUUUGCUUCAUCUCUUAAGUAAUUUGACUGAUGCUGAUAUGCUUCGUAUGACGAUUCGUGAAGCUGAAAAGGCCACCAGUCUUUUUGUUUGUUUUGACCGUCUUGUCAAGGAUUAUCUCAAGACGCUUUUAAACUCUUGGUCUCACCUUGGUUCUGUCGAUACUGUCCGUAUGCAAGCUUUCUUGAGUAUUAAAUCUUUAGCUCUUGCUACUGUACCCGCCACCAAAGACACCAAGACCAAAGUGCAAGGUUACCUCGAUCUCUGUCUCAAGAACGUUUACUUGACUUUUAUCAAAAAUUGUAAAAACACCAAUCUCCAUACUUUACCCGUGAUCAAUUUGAUGCGUAAUUUAGCUGUUCAACUUUACGGUAUUAACCCCGUCUUGAGUUAUCAACAAGGUUUUGUGUAUAUUCGUCAAUUAGCCAUUCAUUUAAGACAAGCCAUGAAGGUGCGUUCGACUAAGAAUCAUAAUAUGGUAUACAACUGGCAAUAUAUCCAUUGUAUUGAUUUCUGGGCCGAUGUUUUAAAUGCAUAUGCUGUUCCUAUGGUGGAUGAAGAUGGAGAUGUGGUGGAAAGUCCCUUAAAGGCCUUGAUCUACCCCUUAACACAAGUAGCUGUCGGUGUUAUUCAAUUGAUCCCUACUGCUCAAUUCUACCCUCUUCGUUUCCAUGUGCUUCGUUCAUUGAACUCUCUUAUCCAUAAUACCAAUGUGUUUGUUCCUCUCGCUACCUAUGUAUUGGAAGUUCUUGAAGGUACUGUGGCUAUGGAAAAGGCCAAACAAAGCAGUGGUUUACCCACUGAAUGGGAUCUUGUGCUCAAGGUACACAAGAAGAGUAUUCAUGGUCGUAUGUACCAAGAUGAAGUUUUAGAUCAAUGUGCAAAGGCAUUGAAGAGUUAUUAUAAAGAAUAUUCCCAUCAUAUUUCUUUCCCUGAAAUGGUGGAUGCUGAUAUCAUUGCUAUCAAGCGUUUCGUCAAGCAAUCCAAGAGUAUAAAGGGAAAGGAUAAGUUGAGCAAAUUAGCAAAGGAGCUUGAAGCUAAGGCUACUUUUGUUCGUCAACAACGUGCCAAGAUUAACUUUAGCCCGGAAAAUGAGGCUGAAGUCGAGAAAUUCAAUAAGGAAUUAAAGGCCAAGAUGACUUAGAAAAAAAAAAUUCUCAACAACACACUAUCAUUCCAUACACCUUAAAAAAAAGCACUCCCUCCACUGCAAACCCACAUUUAUAUAUAUUUUUUACUUAGAGCCAAUAAAAAAUAAGAGAG